AUGUAUAUUUACACAAGUUAUGAAAAAAAUCAGCCCAACUAACCUUUAAACUAUAUAAGUGAUAGUCAACAGACAAUCCAAACAAAUAAUACUGAAUAAUUUGAAUUCGAAUAAAUACAAAGUUUUGAUAUAGAAUAUAUAUUAGGUAGCCAAUAAGUUGAAGAUUCUUUAAAAAGAGCUGAUUAUAUUAGCAGCGCGUAUGCGGCAAUGAUCAUAGAGAAUUUUAUAAUUCUCGCAGUAAUUCUCCUUGGUCUUUAUUCUGAAUUAUAAUAUUGGUUGAUUACAAAAAGUUCUAAUAUUAAAGACUUUUGCUAUUGUGAAAUGGAAGGUGUAUCAGAAUGUAAUUUCGGAUGUGUUAUUUCCCAGAAAAAUGAAUUGUCUAUUCGGCCAACCUAUCUAUUUUAUUGUUGUAUUUCUAUUGGAGCAAUUCUAUAAAUUUGGUUGAAUUUUGGAAUACUCUAUUUUAGAAAGCUAUAUUGGGCUUAAUAAUUAAUUUUGUUAAUUGUAGUAUUUUCUUGCUAUGCCUUGAUGAUAUCAACAUUAUGCACAUUGAUUGCCUAUAAUUUUGGCAUUGGAUUGAUUUAUCUUGGUUGGUUGAAUGCAUUUGUGAUCAUUUUCUGUUUUGCCUUCUAUACAAUGAAGACAAAAAGUGAACUGAAUUAUGGAAUUGGAGCGCUAUUUAUAAUGAGUCCAACAAUUUUCUUUUUAAUUAUGUUUAUCAAAAUAAAUCCCAAUUAUGUUAUAUUCUUAUUGUUAAGCAGCCUAAUUUUAAUGAGUUUUGGAUUCUAUGUGAUUUGGGAAUCAAAAAAAAUGUUAAGUUAAUAAAGAAUUAUUAGAUUAUCAAUUAUUGAAAUACUGAUAGGAUCAGAAUUUCUUAUUGCUUUUGUAAAUUAGGGAGUCUUUAGAGGAGUUGAAUUGCUAAUUAAAAAAUUAAAAAAAUGA